AUGGCUCCAACACCUACUCCUACCAAAGACGCUCCCCAGAAGGCAAAGACUGAUGAUAAACCAAAGGAUGGUGCCGCAAAGAAGGGUACUCCUGAAGAAAACAAGGCGCAGGAUGGUAAGAAAGACACAAAGACUCCACAAAAGAAGGCUCCUGCCAAGGUAGAGGAGGAUUCCAGUGAUGAAGAUGAUUCUGAUGAUGACUCUGCUGGUGACUCUGAUGACUCUGAUGAUGACUCGAGUGAUGAAGAAACUGAUUCCGACCAAGAAACUGACUCUGAUGAAGAAACUGACUCUGAAGAAGAAACCGAUUCUGAAGAAGAGGAUUCCUCUGACGAAGAGGAAUUGACACCAAAGCAACUGGCUAAACUCAAAAAGCAAAAUGGUCUAGUAAAGGGUGUCUCUGAUACUGCUGGACAAGUAGGCGGAGCAGUUGGUGGUGCAGUCAGUGGUGGUGGAGGUGGAAGCAGUGGCAGUGAUCAUCCUCUUAGUCUUCGUCUUGAUCUUAAUUUGGAGGUCGAGAUUGAACUCAAGGCCAGAGUACAUGGUGAUGUUACAUUGGCCCUUUUACGUUAA